AUGACCAGACGAGCCAACCCACCCCCCACCAACGACCACCAGCCAGCAUGGGUCAUCCAGAAGUACGGCGGAACGAGCGUCGGAAAGUUCCUGGCCAACGUCGCCACUCAAAUCUUGCCCUCUACCCUCGAUGCCGGUCACAGGGUCGCAAUCGUCUGUUCAGCCCGAUCGGGGAAUACCAAAUCCACCGGGACGACUAACCUGCUCCUCAAGGCUGCCUUAGAAGCACUCGAAAACACAUCCUCAGCCAGCAUCCAGCACUCCCCCUCUCAAGCCACCUUCUCGCCCCCUCAGAACACCACCAACACCCUCGCCGGACCAAACCCAUCAAUCCUCUCCCAAAUCCUCGCCCGGCGCGGCUCCCCAACCCCUCGUCUACUCUCCAGGACCAACUCGACGGCCAACGGCUUCACCUCCCCCAGCUUGUAUACCAGCCAUCACUCGCCAGGAAUAAACAACCUCUCCCUGGGGGACUCCACUCACCAGCCUGCCGAGGAACAGAACAACAACAACAACAGCCCAUUCGAGAAAACUAUCGAAAUCCUCAAGGCUGAUCAUCUCAAGGCCGCCUCCGAGCUGAUCUCCAACGAAAACCUGCUCUCGGAUCUCCAGUAUGACAUAGCCUACGACUGCGAAAGGCUACGUAGCUUACUCCUAGCCACUCAGAUCCUCGAAGAAAUCUCUCCCAAAUCAAAGGAUUUGAUCAUCGGAGUGGGCGAAAAGCUAUCAUGUCGACUGGUGACGGCCUACUUAACAGAUCAGGGAUUCGAUGUCGAACUGGUUUGUCUGGAUAACAUCGUCGAGCGCAUCGAAUUUGAGGCCCCAGAUGGCGAUCCGGAUGGGGUCUACCAGUCCCCCGGCGGCCAACUCAGGCAACCAUUCUACGACCGCUUGGCCUUACGACUCGGGGAGAGGUUGAAGCAGUGCGAAGAUCGAAUCCCGGUCGUCACCGGAUUCUUCGGCGUCGUACCCGGAUCACUCUUGACUCAGGUCGGCCGUGGCUACACCGAUCUAUGCGCCUCGCUGUGUGCCGUAGGUCUCGGUGCGGCAGAGCUUCAGGUUUGGAAAGAGGUCGAUGGCAUCUUCACUGCCGAUCCAAGAAAAGUUCCCAAAGCACGCCUACUCAGUGUAGUCACCCCCGAAGAAGCAGCAGGUCAGGAGGAAUUAUUUUGGUUCAUUCAACUGGUCAACGCAUUGACCGGCGAUUCCCCCACAGAGUUAACAUACUACGGUUCCGAGGUCAUCCAUCCCUUCACCAUGGAACAAGUCAUCCGAGCCUCGAUCCCCAUCCGGAUCAAGAACGUCAUGAAUCCCCAAGGACCUGGAACGGUGAUCUACCCCAAUCGAUCGAUCCCCUCCUCGCCCAAGAUAGUCGAGAUCACUGGGGGAGCCGAUGAGAUUCACAGCAAGGCACCCACGGCGAUCACCAUCAAGGAAGACAUCGUCGUGCUCAACAUUCAUUCCAACCAGAAGACCAUCUCCCACGGCUUUUUUGCCCGAAUCUUCGGCACCCUCGACAAGUUCGGCAUCGCCGUCGACCUCAUCUCCACCAGCGAGGUCCACGUCAGUAUGGCCAUCAUGGUCAAUGAGAUCUACCGCUUCAAGGGCUUCGAUCGGCUCGUCAAGGAACUCAAAGAUAUCGGCGAGGUCUCCGUCCUCAACCAAAUGGCCAUCCUCUCCCUGGUCGGUCGAAAGAUGAAAAACAUGGUCGGGAUUGCUGGGAAGAUGUUCAGUACUCUGGCAGAAGGCAAUGUGAAUAUCGAAAUGAUCAGCCAAGGCGCUUCUGAGAUUAAUAUCUCUUGCGUGAUCUCGAAACAAGAUUCAAUCAAAGCCUUGAAUCUCGUCCACGAUACCCUCGUCAUCAACUCUUCUUCUUGA